AUGGAGCGCUUCUCCGUCGCACGAGCCAAUGUCGACGUGCCGCCUGUGAUUGUGAUUGCGGGCGUCUAUGCGCCAGACGAGCUGCCAUCGAUGGAGCAUCUCAGAGACCGUCUGCCCGGCAUGCUCUCCUCGUAUCCACUUUUGAAGUGCCGCAUAUUGGACGGACGCACUCGCUCCCCUCGCUUUGUGACCUGCGACCUCUCUGCUGAUCAAGUCCUCUUCAGCGACGACUCGCCUCAAGAUUCUGUGGACGCAAUCAUUCUCGCCGAGCUAGAAGCAGGCGCCGCGCUCGAUCUAGCCACAGGUCCCUUGUGGCGGCUGACACGCCAUGCAGCUAGCGGCACCAUCACCUUGACCAUGUCACAUGCCAAUACAGACGGUCGAGGUUCGCUCAACGCGCUCGUCAGGUUCUUAGACAAGUCAGUCCUCCCAUCGCCGCCUGAUCGACUUACACCCUCGCUCGAGCAGUCCCUCGACGUUACGCCGAGCUGGUCCCAGCUACUCAUCAUGUUCUAUCAGGAAAAGAUCGCAAAGCAACUCCCCGGCUGGCUCGGCCUUGCGCCACGGCCUUGCUGGCCUCAUGCAGUCCUCAGGCGGCCAAAAGACUGUGCGCAAGGUCUGAGGACGUUUGCUUGGUCGGCUACUAUUGUUUCAAGGCUCAAAGCAGUUGCUAGACUACAUGGCGUGGCCACAUUGCAGCCUGUUCUCAUGACAGCCAUCAUGGCGGCUCUUGUGAUUGCCGUCAGUGAUGAAGAAGUGCUCGUGUCUCUUUCCACACCAGUCUCCUUGCGAGAUGCCAGAAUACAUACCGAUGCCACUGGCAAUUUUCCGACGCUCAUCGUGACUCGCUAUGCGCUCAGGCAGGAACAAGACUUUUGGCAGCGCGCUAGAGAAUACGCUGUCACCCUCAAUUCGCCCGCCGAGCGCUCAUGGGCACAAGGCAUGAUCGGCAUGAUCGCCUACGGGCCAGACUCACCCCAUCACAAACCUACGCCCGAAGAGCCGACAGAGAAAGAAGCAAUCCUGAGGCGCGCUUACUCGACGCAUCCCUACUUCCGCGGCUCCGUUGAGCUAUCCAACUUGGGCGCGAUCAGAGUUCCUGAUAACAUGCAUCGUAUCAUCUUUGCUCAAGCCGCCAGUCCAAUGGGAUAUCCUCUCUGCUUCAAUGCUGUCGGUGGAGUGAACAGAGAUCUUAUCAUUACGCUCACUUAUUUCCAAGAUGCUCUCGGUCCGGAUCUCAUUGAGCGCUUAGGCUCCGCCUUCGAGCUGGCCAUCUCCAGACUCAUCAGCGGCGAGCAAGCCGCAACGUUUAGCGAGCUAUGUUCUUGA